CGCCCACUGCUUAAACAUCCAGGAAGAAGGAAGACGUAUUUUGUGCACCUGCUACUGUACAAACAUAUCCGGUGUAAUAUCGAUAACUUCUCGCUCAGUGGCCGUUGUGUUUUUAAGAUCAUCAGACUCUCCCUGGCUAAAUAAGCAGCACAAUGUCAGAAAGAGAAGAGGAGUCGUUUAAAUCUGUGGAGCUUAAGCAGAAUGCAGCUGAUUCGUCUAAUGUAGACCCUGAGGUCCUUCAGUCCAACCCCAGUGCCCCAUCCUCAACUGUCACUCAGAGCACUGAAACUGAGGAGAAGACAUCGCCACCAGCAUCCAUCAUCACCACCACCACCAGUACCACCACCAGCACCAAUGCAGAACAGAAGUGGGCCACAGCGGUGAACCAGUUCAAGCUCAGGAGAUUCUUUGUCCUUCGGCCUGGAACUCUGGACAACGCAAUUGAGGACAUCAAAUCACUGGUAGACCAGAAAGUGGAUGGUGCGGUCCAGAGUGUUUGGCUUCUGGUUGAGAUUGAUCACUGGAACAAUGAAAAAGAGCGAGUGGUGUUGAUCACGGAGAACUCCCUCCUCAUCUGCAAGUACGAUUUCAUCAUGCUAAACUGCGAGCAGAUCCAGAGAAUUCCUCUUAAUCUUGUUGACCGGAUCACCGAGGGUGCCUUUACUUUCCCCCCUCACUCCCUCCUCACGAGAGAAGGAGAUGGAAUGCGUGUGUUUUGGGACAAACUCCGAGAGCCCUCAUUAACAUCACGUUGGAACCCUUUUGCAAAUGACUACCCCUACACUACACUGACCUACCACCCAGUUCGAAAUGUUAAUGAGAAGCUGACCAAACUUUGUGAGCUUCAGAGUUUCAAGGAGCAGUUGACCGCUGCAGCUCAGAAAGCCCACAGUCUGAAUCCAGUCCCAGGGAAAGCCAACGGCGUUCUGCUUCUGAACCAGCCCAUCCUCAUCGAGGCCUACGUAGGCCUCAUGUCAACCCUUGGCAACCAGAACAAGCUGGGCUACUGCUUAGCAAGAGGCAACGUUGGUUUCUGAAUGGAAAUUCUGGUUUGAUCAGCUACCAGUUGUAUUGAAGUGACCGACAGGUAGUGGUUGUAUGUUCGGAAAAUAUAGUUCUUAAAAGUUUUUAAUAAUUCAUGUUAAUUCUGUUUGUUGGCAUAUUGUUCCUUUUUCAAGCUAAGCAUCUCCAAAAAUGUUGAGGUAUCAAAGCAAUGUGAUCACUGGUACCUUAAAACUGUGCUCAUUAUCCACUUUGCUGUAUACUAAGGCUGUGUAGCAUACUCAGUUACAAUGUUGUUCUUAACCAUUACAUUUUAAGUUUCCAUGAAAAUGAGUCUGAAAAAGAAUGUCAUCCUCACUCCUUCUACUCUUCUCUUCUAAGAACUGGAGAUUUACCAUCAAUAAAAUGAUACAAUAUGA